GGGGUGAUUGUGUGGCCGCGUCGCGAUGGGGUGAAGGGGAGCUGGCCCUUCAGUAUCCAGGCCGCGGCCGCGCCCACCGCUGACAAGUCCUUGUGCUCCAAGCCAUCCAUUGCGUGUGUGAGCGGGCCUCUGCUUCUGUUGGCCUCGCGACAGCUCCUCCUCUACAUAAGGAGAAAACUAAUGGCAAACAGCAUGGCUCUGUGCACCCCGCGGCGGCAGGCGGCUCCCUAGAGCAGUUCUCUAGUACUGCCCUGCCCACCAUGGCCAAACCAGCAAGCAAAGAUUCAGGCUUGAAGGAGAAGUUCAAGACACUGCUGGGACUGGGAACAUCAAGGCCAAAUCCCAGGUGUGCAGAAGGCAAACAGACGGAGUUUAUCAUCACGUCGGAAAUCUUGAGAGAACUGAGUGGUGAAUGUGGCCUCAACAAUCGCAUCCGUAUGAUAGCGCAGAUAUGUGAUGUGGCAAAAACUAAGAAAUUUGAAGAGCAUGCAGUGGAGGCACUUUGGAAGGCUGUCUCAGACUUGCUACAGCCAGAGCGGCCACCAGAGGCUCGACAUGCAGUUCUUGCCUUGUUGAAGGCCAUCGUGCAGGGACAGGGUGACCGUUUGGGGGUCCUCAGAGCUCUCUUCUUCAAAGUGAUCAAGGACUAUCCCUCCAGUGAAGACCUCCAUGAAAGGCUAGAAGUCUUUAAGGCCCUCACAGACAAUGGAAGGCACAUUACGUACUUGGAAGAAGAACUGGCCGAGUUUGUCCUGCAGUGGAUGGAUGUCGGCUUGUCCUCAGAAUUCCUUCUGGUACUUGUGAAUCUAGUCAAAUUCAACAGCUGUUACCUUGACGAAUACAUUGCAUCAAUGGUUCACAUGAUUUGUCUAUUAUGCAUCCAGACAGUGUCUUCUGUAGACAUUGAGGUGUCCUUGCAAGUGCUGGAUGCUGUGGUCUGCUAUAACUGCCUGCCAGCUGAGAGCCUCCCUCUGUUCAUUAUCACCCUCUGCCGCACCAUCAAUGUCAAGGAGCUGUGCGAGCCUUGCUGGAAGCUGAUGCGGAAUCUUCUAGGCACCCACCUGGGCCACAGCGCCAUCUACACCAUGUGCCGCAUCCUGGAGGACAGAUCGUACAUGGAAGAUGCCCCGCUGCUGAGAGGAGCCGUGUUCUUUGUAGGGAUGGCACUCUGGGGAGCUCACCGACUCUAUUCUCUGAAGAACUCCCCCACAUCUGUGUUGCCAUCUUUUUAUGAGGCUAUGACCUGUCCUAAUGAGGUGGUGUCAUAUGAGAUUGUUCUGUCCAUAACAAGACUCAUCAAGAAGUAUAGAAAGGAGCUCCAGGCUGUGACAUGGGAUAUUCUGCUGGACAUUAUUGAACGGCUGCUUCAGCAACUCCAGAACCUGGACAGCCCAGAACUCAGGACCAUUGUCCAUGACCUGCUGACCACUGUGGAGGAGCUCUGUGACCAGAACGAGUUCCAUGGCUCUCAGGAAAGAUACUAUGAACUGGUGGAGAGCUAUGCAGAUCAGAGACCUGAGUCUUCUCUCUUAAACUUGAUAUCCUACAGAGCCCAGUCCAUCCACCCGGCCAAGGAUGGCUGGAUCCAGAACUUGCAGCUGUUGAUGGACAGGUUCUUCAGGAAUGAGUGCCGCAGUGCCGUGCGCAUCAAGGUGCUGGACGUGCUGUCCUUCGUGCUGCUUAUCAACAGGCAGUUCUAUGAGGAGGAACUGAUUAACUCGGUGGUCAUCUCUCAGCUCUCUCACAUCCCUGAGGAUAAAGACCACCAGGUCCGAAAGCUGGCCACCCAGCUGCUGGUGGACCUGGCUGAGGGCUGCCACACUCACCACUUCAACAGUCUGCUGGACAUCAUUGAAAAAGUGAUGGCACGCUCUCUUUCUCCACCCCUGGAUCUGGAAGAAAGGGACAUGGCAGUGUACUCGGCCUCCCUGGAGGAUGUGAAGACUGCGGUCCUGGGGCUCCUGGUCAUCCUGCAGACCAAGCUAUACACUUUACCUGCCAGCCAUGCCACUCGGGUGUAUGAGACGCUCAUUAGCCACAUCCAGCUCCACUACAAGCAUGGCUACUCCCUGCCCAUUGCUAGCAGCAUCCGGCUACAGGCUUUUGACUUCCUGCUGCUGCUGCGGGCUGACUCGCUCCACCGGCUGGGCCUGCCCAACAAGGAUGGGGUCGUGAGAUUCAGCCCCUACUGCGUCUGUGACUGCAUGGAACUGGAGAGGGCCUCUGAGAAGAAGGCCAGUGGGCCCCUUUCACCUCCAGCUGGGCCCCCUGGCCCUGUGCCCACGGGCCCUGCUGUACGGCUCGGCCAUCUGCCCUACUCCCUGCUCUUCCGCGUCUUGCUGCAGUGUUUGAAACAGGAGACGGACUGGAAGGUGCUGAAGCUGGUGCUCAGCAAGCUGCCCGAGUCACUGCGUUACAAAGUCCUCAUUUUCACCUCCCCCUGCAAUGUCGACCAGCUGUCUUCGGCCCUCUGCUCCAUGCUUUCAGAUCCAAAGACCCUUGAGCGGCUCCGAGGUACCCCAGAAGGCUUCUCGAGAACGGAUCUGCACUUGGCUGUGGUUCCUGUACUAACGGCGUUAAUAUCUUACCACAACUAUUUGGACAAGACCAAACAGCGUGAGAUGGUUUACUGCCUGGAGCAAGGCCUCAUCUACCGUUGUGCCAGCCAGUGUGUGGUGGCCUUGGCCAUCUGCAGCGUAGAGAUGCCUGACAUCAUCAUCAAGGCACUACCUGUCCUGGUAGUGAAGCUGACGCACAUUUCCGCCACGGCCAGCAUGGCCAUCCCCCUCCUGGAGUUCCUGUCCACUCUGGCCAGGCUGCCCCACCUCUACAGAAACUUCGCUGCAGAGCAAUACGCAAGUGUGUUUGCCAUCUCCCUGCCAUAUACCAACCCCUCCAAGUUCAAUCAGUACAUCGUGUGUCUGGCCCAUCAUGUCAUAGCGAUGUGGUUCAUUAGAUGCCGACUGCCCUUCCGGAAGGAUUUUGUCCCUUAUAUCACUAAGGGUCUGCGUUCCAAUGUCCUCCUGUCUUUUGAUGAUACCCCUGAGAAGGACAGUUUCCGAGCACGGAGCACCAGUCUCAAUGAGAGGCCUAAAAGUUUGAGGAUAGCCAGAGCCCCCAAACAAGGCCUGAAUAACUCUCCACCUGUGAAAGAAUUCAAAGAGAGCUGUGCAGCCGAGGCCUUCCGGUGCCGCAGCAUCAGUGUGUCUGAACAUGUGGUCCGCAGCAGAAUACAGACAUCCCUCACCAGCGCUAGCCUGGGGUCUGCGGAUGAGAACUCCAUGGCCCAGGCUGAUGACAACUUGAAGAAUCUCCACUUGGAACUCACAGAAACGUGUCUGGACAUGAUGGCCCGAUAUGUGUUCUCCAACUUCACUGCGGUCCCCAAGAGGUCCCCUGUGGGAGAGUUCCUCCUGGCAGGAGGGAGGACCAAAACCUGGCUGGUUGGAAAUAAGCUUGUCACUGUGACAACAAGUGUGGGGACUGGCACUCGCUCAUUGCUGGGCCUGGACUCGGAUCUGCAGGGCAGCCCAGAGUCAAGCUCUGAUCCCACUGUACAUGUGAGGCAGACAAAGGAGGCACCAGCCAAACUGGAGUCCCAGGCUGGGCAGCAGGUGUCCCGCGGGGCCCGGGACCGGGUCCGCUCCAUGUCAGGGGGCCACGGCCUUCGAGUUGGUGCCCUGGACACUCCAGCUCCCCACACCCCAGGUGGCCCUGCUUCUCUGGGACCACAAACUGCACCAGCAGCAAAACCCGAGAAGGCCUCUGCAGGAACCCAGCUUCCAAAAGCAGAGAAGACGAAUCUGGCAGCCUACGUGCCUUUGCUGACCCAGGGCUGGGCUGAAAUCUUGGUCCGCAGGCCCACAGGGAACACCAGCUGGCUGAUGAGCUUGGAGAACCCGCUCAGUCCCUUCUCCUCAGACAUCAACAACAUGCCCCUGCAAGAGCUGUCCAAUGCUCUUAUGGCUGCUGAGCGCUUCAAGGAGCACCGGGACACAGCCCUGUACAAGUCUCUGUCAGUGCCGGCCGCCGGCACAGCCAAGCCGUCUCCUCUCCCACGCUCUAACACAGUGGCUUCUUUCUCCUCCCUGUACCAGUCCAGCUGCCAAGGACAGCUGCACAGGAGCAUUUCCUGGGCAGACUCUGCCGUGGUUCUUGAGGAAGGAAGUCCAGGAGAGGCUCAUGUGCCAGGGGAGCCCCCCGAAUUGGAGGAUUUUGAGGCAGCAUUAGGUACAGACAGGCACUGCCAGCGUCCUGACACCUACAGCAGGUCAUCCUCAGCAUCUAGCCAGGAAGAAAAGUCCCACUUGGAGGAGCUGGCUGCCGGGGGUAUCCCCAUCGAGCGGGCCAUCUCCUCUGAGGGGGCUCGGCCUGCAGUGGACCUCUCCUUCCAACCCUCGCAACCCUUGAGCAAGUCUAGCUCUUCUCCUGAGUUGCAGACCUUACAGGACAUCCUUGGAGACCUAGGAGACAAGGCUGACAUUGGACGGCUGAGUCCCGAGUCUAAGGUCCGGUCCCAGUCAGGGAUCCUGGAUGGGGAAGCGGCUACCUGGUCAGCCCCAGGUGAAGAAGGCCGUGUCACAGUCCCACCUGAAGGUCCCCUGCCUUCCAGUUCUCCCCGCUCCCCUAGUGGCCUCCGGCCCCGAGGCUAUACCAUCUCUGAUUCAGCCCCAUCACGAAGGGGCAAGAGGGUGGAGAGGGAUACCUUCAAGAGCAGAGCUGCGGCCUCCAGUGCUGAGAAAGUACCAGGCAUCAACCCUAGCUUUGUGUUUCUACAGCUCUACCAUUCACCCUUUUUUGGUGAUGAGUCCAAUAAGCCCAUCCUGCUGCCCAAUGAGUCCUUCGAGCGGUCAGUGCAGCUCCUUGAUCAGAUCCCGUCCUAUGACACCCACAAAAUUGCUGUCCUGUAUGUGGGAGAGGGCCAGAGCAGCAGCGAGCUGGCCAUCCUAUCCAAUGAGCAUGGCUCCUACAGGUACACGGAGUUCCUGACGGGCCUGGGCCGGCUCAUCGAACUCAAGGACUGCCAGCCGGACAAGGUGUACUUGGGUGGACUAGAUGUGUGUGGCGAGGACGGCCAGUUCACCUACUGCUGGCAUGACGACAUCAUGCAAGCUGUUUUCCACAUCGCCACCCUGAUGCCCACCAAGGAUGUGGACAAGCACCGCUGUGACAAGAAACGGCACCUGGGCAAUGACUUUGUUUCUAUCAUCUACAAUGACUCUGGUGAGGACUUCAAGCUGGGCACCAUCAAGGGCCAGUUCAACUUUGUCCACGUGAUCAUCACACCGCUGGACUACAAAUGCAACCUGCUGACCCUGCAGUGCAGGAAAGACAUGGAGGGCCUUGUGGACACCAGCGUGGCCAAGAUCGUGUCUGACCGAAACCUGUCCUUCGUGGCCCGACAGAUGGCCCUACAUGCAAAUAUGGCCUCCCAGGUUCACCACAGCCGCUCCAACCCCACUGACAUCUAUCCCUCCAAGUGGAUCGCCAGGCUCCGCCACAUUAAGCGUCUCCGCCACCGGAUCCGUGAGGAGGUGCACUAUUCAAACCCAAGCUUGCCUCUGAUGCACCCUCCAUCCCACACCAAAGCGCCAGCUCAGGCCCCUGCUGAGCCUACACCCAACUACGAGACAGGCCAGCGGAAACGCCUCAUCUCCUCCGUGGAUGACUUCACAGAGUUUGUGUGAGGCCACUAGGGCUCCUGAGGUGCCAGAGCCAUGCAGCUGGCCCUUCCCUGUUGAUACCACCACCUGACUGUACUCUCACAUGAAAUAAACUGGGCGUGUCCACCUGGCCCUUGGAGUUAGAGAAGCACGGAUAGCAGUCAGCCAGCUUCUUUAUUUGACUUUGUCUUGUCUGUUUGGGGUUGGGGCAGGAUCACGGCAGGAGCUGCAGCUGAGCCCACAGAAGCAGGCAGGUGCUAUCACACACAUUCUCUUCCCCCAACCCUGGGGGCCAGCCCCAGCAGGGGUCUUGUCCAAUAACUUCUCGGCAUCUUUCAACCCACAGUAGUCCUGGCCUUGCUCAGACCUGAUACCAGCAGAUCUGGGUGCUGCCUGGCCCCAGACAAGGGAGGAAAAGGAAGCCAUGGGGGCCCCAAUACCGUCCAGCACCUGCCCAAGGCCAGACUCGGAUCCAGUAAAUGGCUGCAGCUUCCCCUGCACCCUACCAUGGGUAACUUCAGCCCAAGUGGAAAAUAGUGACAUACAAAAAUAUAUACAUUUGAACCCCAUAUAAAUUACUGGUGGUGGACAUACAAAAGGGACGGCGGCUAGAGGCAAGUAUGCUCACAAACGAGAGGUAAUAACUUAGGGGACGGACAGGGAAGAAGUGUAGCUUAGCCCUCUCUCGAGCUUGGAUCUCUAGCAAGGGGAGAUGGCCGCCUAGGGGUAGAGCCGGGCACAGCCCGCUGUACCUGAGGACUCGGGAAAUAAAUUAGCAUCUUG